UUGCCUUCAUUCGAUUCUACCUCCCUUUCCCUUUGCUCUUUCAUUCGCUGUUCGAUCUCUUCUCCCAAAUAUCUUCUCCCAGAUAUUUUCCUCUCCCGACUCCACUCGAUUCUUCUUCUUCUCCCUCCGGAUUCCAGCUACCGAUUUCUUCGCUCCGAGUCUUCGUUUUGGGCUCGAAAUCGGCGGAGUCUUCGGGUCUUAGCUCUGUGAUGUGAUCGUGAGGUAUCGGAGCAAAAACAGUAGAUGGAUCCGACGGCGAUGGUUGCGGGUCCGGGGAUGGACUUGCCGAUCAUACACGACAGUGACCGCUACGACUUCGUUAAGGACAUCGGGUCCGGUAAUUUCGGCGUGGCCCGGCUUAUGAGGGAUAAGGUCACCAAGGAGCUCGUUGCUGUCAAGUACAUCGAGAGGGGAGACAAGAUCGAUGAAAAUGUCCAAAGAGAAAUCAUCAAUCACAGGUCAUUGAGGCAUCCCAAUAUUGUCAGGUUUAGAGAGGUCAUUUUAACACCUACCCAUCUGGCUAUUGUAAUGGAAUAUGCUUCUGGAGGAGAGCUUUAUGAGCGGAUUUGCAAUGCAGGGCGGUUUAGCGAAGAUGAGGCUCUUUUCUUCUUUCAGCAGCUAAUAUCUGGAGUCAGCUAUUGUCAUGCGAUGCAAGUCUGCCAUCGUGAUCUGAAGCUGGAAAAUACAUUGCUGGACGGAAGUCCUGCUCCUCGGUUAAAGAUAUGUGAUUUUGGAUAUUCCAAGUCUUCUGUUCUUCAUUCGCAACCAAAGUCUACCGUCGGUACUCCUGCAUAUAUUGCACCGGAGGUGUUGCUUAGACAGGAAUAUGAUGGAAAGAUUGCAGAUGUAUGGUCAUGCGGCGUAACACUAUACGUUAUGUUGGUUGGAGCAUAUCCAUUUGAGGAUCCGGAAGAGCCUAGGGACUAUCGAAAGACGAUACAAAGAAUCCUCAGUGUCAAAUACUCGAUUCCCGAGGAUAUACAGCUUUCACCCGAAUGCCGUCAUCUGAUAUCAAGAAUCUUCGUGGCCGAUCCUGCAGCAAGGAUCACAAUUCCGGAGAUAAAAACACACGAAUGGUUCUUGAGGAAUCUCCCAACCGAUCUAAUGGAUGAGAACAAGAUGGGGAACCAGUUCGAAGAAGCUGACCAGCCCAUGCAAAGUCUUGACACCAUCAUGCAGAUUAUCUCCGAGGCCACAAUCCCAGCCGUCCGGAACCGAAGCCUGGACGAUUACAUGGCCGACAACCUCGACCUGGAUGACGACAUGUUGGAUGACUUGGAUUCCGAUUCUGAGAUCGAUGUUGACAGCAGCGGCGAGAUAGUUUACGCCCUCCAAUAGCCAAAAUCCCAUAUGUCCAUAUUUACAUACGGUGCUCUUCUUCUGUGUGAUAUGGUUCUUGUCUCCAUACUCUCUUCUGUGUUUCUAGCUUUGUUCCGACAGCGUGUGAUUGAAGGAGACUUGUAAUGUUUUCAAAGGCUGAUAGUUAUCCUCUCUCUC